UACAAUGAUGUCCAAAGAUAUUGAGAUAAAAAGGAGAAAGAACAAAGUAAGGAAAGGAGGAAAAAACCAAAUUGCUGCUGCUCUAAAAUGUAUAGGCUUUAUACUGUGCGUUACAGGUUUCUCCUAUCAAGUCUCCGAAUUCAUGGUGCGAUUUUACAGUCAUCCCACAGUUUUAAACAUCGAUAUCAAUGAAACACCAAAAUUCGUAAGACCUGCCCUAACGUUCUGUAAUCUGAAUCCAUUUCGCCGAAGCACAUAUUGUAAUGAGAAUCUCGUCAACUGUGAAAAGCCAGAAAAUAUUCAGCAGUUCUGUUCAGACAAGCCUCAUUAUUGCAGACAGAAGAAGAACAUGUCUGACUUUCGGGUUGGUUAAAACUUUAAUUAUUUUCCCAUACUUAAACUGAAGCAUAUUCCAUAG